AAUGAGUACUAUGGAUUUAUUGACAAUAGAGGGGAAUCCAUCUACACCUGAUGGGGAACAAACUCCUCCAGUGGGUAAAUUGCAGAAAAAGAUGAAAAAACCAGAGCAAAUGGCAAGGGAAUUGUGGGGUUUGUUAUCUACUGAUGGCGAAGAUUUAGACUAUCCUCUUACACAAGCUGGUACAUCGUAUUGCACUCGUAAGAUGGAUAUGAUGAAGAGAAAAGUACGAAAGUGGAGACAUGUUCAAGUUGAACAUCCAACACGAAAGGAUCAUAUGACGAUGAAAUGCCUUAGGCGUGAAGACGAUCCUGGAACUUUUGGUUACGGAAGAUUCGAUAAGUCUGUAGAAUUUCUUCGUUACUCUCAAGCUGAAUAUGAUGCUCAUAUUACUGAUCGUGAUGAGUGGACCAAAAAUGAAACUGAUUAUCUGAUGCAGUUGGCUGUAAAAUAUAGUAGGCGAUUUGUAGUUAUGGCCGAUCGCUAUUUGAUGGACCAAAUGGACAAUCAGAGUUUUGAAAAGAGAUCAGUUGAUGAACUGAAAGCUCGAUUUUACUACAUUCAAGAAACAUUUAAUAAAGUACGCAAUAUAGACCAAGAAGAUGAGUGUAUGUUUGAUGCGUCAAAUGAAGAACGACGCAGAGAACAACUAGCAAGACUUUUGUCAAGGUCUCAGAAAGAUAUUGAGGAAGAACAGCAACUUGAAAAUGAAAUGAGUAAGAUAGAAGCUCGUAAACGUGAAAGAGAAAAGAAAACUCAAGAUUUGCAAAAAUUAAUGACUCAAGCAUCCGUGUCUAAUGUUUCAGUUCCUAGUACACCUCAUACUCCACUAUCGGCUUCUCCCUCUAAGAGAAAGUCUUUGCCGGCUACACCAAUCUCUGCAUCCUUGAAUGUGGACGGCAUUAAAUAUCAUGAUUGGUCUGGCCAUACUGGCCCAUCGGUUAGAUCUCAAAGGAUGAAAUUGCCAAGUACACUAAGUGUGAAGAAACAUAGAGCAAUAGACUGCGCUUUAAGAAAUAUGAAGGCUGACACGCCAACUGCAACUGAAGAGAAUGUAGAACUGUUUAACGAAUUAAGGAGUGAUAUAGUAAGAUUAUAUGAGGAGGCUUUACAAAUGUUCAACCUCCAAUACGAAAUGCAUUCGACGAGAAUCAGUAUACAACAAUCAAAUCCUUCUUACGAACUCCCUGAAGAUCUGAAGGGGGCAUUAAGUGUUCCGUCUAUUCCAAUUCUAAGCGGCGUUGAUCUUUCAUCAGGAACAAAUCCAACUCCUUCACGUAAGAAAAGGGCAGCUGCUAUUGAACAAGGAAAUGUUUUGCGUAAGAUUAAACAAAAAGUAUAG